AUGUCCGCCACCAGCGCCAGCGUCACCCGCAACACCCCCAAGUCUUCCAAGAGCAGCUCCAAGCGCCGUAACACCAGUAGCCAGGCCAACUCCCGCAGCGCGUCGUCCGCCGGCGCCGAGAACGACCAGGUCCCUCGCCCGAACACCCGCCGCGAGAGCAUCAUGCUCAUGGACCAGCAAGUCAUCCCGAACGCCUCCACUCUGUCCCUCGGGCACCCGCCACGGAACACGAACGGAUCUCCGAACAACCACUCCUCGCCGCACCUCCCGCCCGUCCCCGCGCCGGACCGCGCCGCGUACGACGAGCGGCUCACCACGUCGAUCUGGGCGCUCGCGACGCAGAACGCGCAGCCGGUGCUGGAUCUGCUGGUGUGUUUGGAGCGGAAUCAGCCGAUUGGGUUCCGGUAUGUGGAUAUCAACAAGCCUGUGGUGAUUCACCAUGGGAGCAAGGACUCACGGGUGCCGGUGGAGAAUGUGCGGUGGUUGGGGCGGACGAUGAGGAGGUGUGAGGUGAGGAUUUUGGAGGGAGAGGCGCAUGGGUUGAUGGGGAGUGCGGGGGUGAUGAGUCGGGUGUUGACGGAGAUGGCGGGGGAGUGGGAGGAUUGGACUCGGCUGGUGAGGGAGGGGGGGAUUGGUGAGGGGGUGUAA